GCGCCACGCAGAUCGUCCAACACGGGGAGCAGCUCCACACCUUUACUGGAUUUGAAUGACAGCAAGAGUGGAUAAACUGAGCGAAAAAAGAAAGGGUCCACACAGGUGAGGCGAGGACAAGGACGUGAUCUGCAUCUCCACCAUCUGUCCAUCAACGAACCAAGUGCCUCGGUGCCGGCCACCCUCAGGUCAACUUAACCACGACGGGCGCCAAACAAUAAAAAGUAUUGACCCGGUGUCCCUUCGAAAGCCUGCACAAAGCAAAUAUUUGAAGGAAUUAUAUCUGAUUUCUCCGGGCAGCUGAAAAGAUCAACAGUGAAGGGUGUCGCUGGAAGACGGAAAGAGAGAAGAAAAAGUGGGGGAGGAAGAAGUAACCCUUACAAAGUGCACCCUGCCUGCUAUUUCUGCUGCGCUGUGGGCAGGGAGCAUCUCAUUUGGGAGUGCUCUUGGCUGACAAAAAAGGACUUCCCUGUUCCCUGCCUGCCUAUCCAAAUGCCUGUAUAAAUACUGCACAGAGAUAUCAAUUUGUCUGGGUUCUAACACUGCCCAACAAAGAGACUGUAAGCUAUCUAUAGCAAGCGUUGCAACAAACUCGGACUCUGUGGUCUCCUGAAUUACUGCUUGUCUAUUACCCCCCAAAAAAGAUUUCAAAGCUGUGAGAACAGGAAUGAGUGCUGCCACGGUUCUCUAAAGCCGUUCCAAGCACUCUGCAGUUUUGAUGUCUGUCAAAGAUUGGUGAAUUAGCAUGAAGCCUCUAACACCAAUCGGCUCCCCCUCUCCUCUGAGGCUCCUCAACAAGGGUCCUGACUACCUGCGCAGGCAGAUCGAUGGUGGAGGCCACGGCCGCUCCACCAGCGCCGUGGAGAGGCUCGAGGCAGACAAAGCCAAAUAUGUUAAGAGCCAGCAGGUGAUCAACACCAAGCAAGAGCCUGUGCUUGUGCCCUGUGCCACCCCACCGCCACAGCCCCGGCGAGCAAUUACCGUCCCAGGCAGCCUGACACCUCACCUUCCUCCACGGCGUUCGUCCAACACACCCUUCUCUACACUAUCUGGCUCCUUAACUUCCAGAGAUGAAAAUGAAAACGAUGACUCCAGAAAGGAGAACAGACGGACUUCUGUUGAUGUUGAGGCACAUAACAGGAGCAAUGUGAGCAAUGGGAUGCCUUCCAGCCCCAGGGGACCUGGAAUUAACACCUUGGUAGCACCACACAGUGCCCCUAUACUCAGAAGGAGUACAGGCAAGCGCAUGCUGAGGCCAGACUCCCUUGUCAUCUACAGGCAGAAGAAAGAGUGCAAAAGCCCGAGCGGUGCUGCAAUGGGCGAAAACAAUAACAUGGAGGUGAAGGGUUACAGUUUUGUCCGCCGCCUCUUCCAGGGUUCCAUGAGAGAGAAGAGUAGCAGAGGUGAGGGCAGAAUCCAGAAGAUGGUGAUCGGGGAGGAGAAAGCUCCGUCGCGGGACGGUGACUCCCGCAUGUCUUGGACCAACGAUAAAGACACUAUGGAUGGGGGACCAGGGAGCAGGAGGUCAAGUAAAACUGACCAAGACCGCAGCCCAGAGUCCAUCCCCAGCCCUGGGUUAAGCUGCACACUUGAACAGACUAAGAAUGGCUUAACCAAUGGCACCAGUGACGGAGUUAACACUGGCAUCACCAACGGCAACCAUGAUGAUGAAAAUGAUCCGUGGAAGCGGGCGUCACCGCCGGCACCCAGAAGGCAGAUUGGACAGUUGCACCGCUCCAAGUCCGACAUGCGUCUGCGCUGCUCGGUGGCGUUAUCGGAGCAGGAGCAUUUCUUUGACUUCUGUGGGUUGGACGUGGACAUGAUAGAGCGUCUGGGACGAGAGAAUUUCCUUUCUGGUGCCAGCUCUAUAGACACGCUCUCAUUGGCGCUCCGCAGUGUGGGCGGGGACGGUUGUGGUGGCUCAGAGCCCAGCGAGUUCUCCCGCCACUCAGGAGAUGGACUGUUUCAGGAGGAGCUGGCUGAGCAGCUUCCCACCGGUGUGUCGAUCAUCGAGAGGAACGCUCGUGUCAUCAAGUGGCUAUAUGGGUGUAAGAAUGCUGCUCGUGAAGGACCCAAAGAGUCGACUGUUUAAUAUAGGGACAAGGAUCCACGUGCCAUGGAGUGCUAAGACUCUGCAGAGUUUGUUCAUUUCUUUUCCAGUAAACAGUGCAGAAGUUGAUAUACACACACGAGAAAGUAACUCUGCAGACGUCUGCGUUAAUGAUCAUUACGUUUCUAUUGAAUUUCAAAAAUAGCCUUCACUAUGGGCUGCGAAUAACCAGGUGCAUUGCUGUAAUGCAGCACAGAAGGAAAAAUGAUAGAAGUUGGUUCUAUUUUUGAGCCUCACGCAGCGGCGCGAGUCAAACAGCCGAGCUUUAUUAGACAAAGCUGCCUUCAAAAUGUGAUUUUACUUUUAAAUUUCAAAUAAGUGUCAAAGGCAGUGGCCUAAGGAUUUUGUUUUAAGAUGCUAAUGUCUGCGUGAAGGAUUAGCAUUCCAUGGCACACAAUUACCUUCAGUCCCCUCACUCCAAAGAGACUGCUUCUUCCAGUUAGAGAACAACAACUGCUCAUAGUUACAUUUCGUCAAAUUGAUAUAUUGUAUUUAUAGAUCCUAUGGAGGCAUCAUGUGAGGAUUGACUGACCUUCCUGGCAAAUGGAGCUGUUUCACUCAGCAGUGUGUUUUGGUAUUUGUGAGUGUGUGUGUGAGUGUGUGUGUGUGUGUGGAGUGGACAUGUUGUCCCGUCCAUUUGUAGCUUCUUUUCAGCUAUUGACAGAACAGAGUCAGAACUGAUUUGACAUCAGCCCCCCGUGACCCCUUAAAAGGCACAUAAGUGUAUGUUUGUCUGACACGAUGGACACGGUUUAGUGUUCUUGACACCAACACUCUCCCUUAAUGACUAAUUUGAAAUGGAAAACCACUAAGCUAUGUUUUUUUCUAAACUGGAAAACUGUUGUGUGAGUGUGAAGUGAACCAUGAGUACCUCAUUCGAAUCUGUCCCAGUUUAGUUUGUGUGUUGCUUUUUUUAAAACUACUUAAACGCAGGCGUUGGAACAAACAUGUGAGGCACCCCUGUGGGGUUAUUAAUGCACUGAACUGGACACAGAGAGCAAAUGAAAGAUAGAAUUAUAGCAUCGACUCUUUCCAGACAUUCAUCUCGUUUGAUGUUAAACACUGAGCUGGAUUCAAAGAAGUAUUUGCAUCCUAGAAAUCAAGGGUUCACACCUGGCCAGUAAUAUUCAUCUCCAUCAUUUAAUUUUUCAAAAACAGUCAAUGUUCAGUAAUAACUUGCGACACAGUCAUUGAUUACCGCAGUCAAUGUUUCGUGCCUGUUCAGUGGUCACUGCGGUGUGAGCUCAUGAGCUGCGAUAAUAAUAAACAGACUGGUAGUAGUCAAUCCUGUGAGAGCCAAACUGGACUUUGACAAGCAAGUUUAAACAAGCGGGGAAUUUUAAUCCCAGUAAAGUAAUUUCAAACCUGUGGAGCAUCUCAUAAAAUAAUAUAUUCACCUCUAAAAGUAAAGGAGCUCACGCUGUCAGACCCUUAAUGCCAAAUGUUUCUGUCACUUUCGCCAUCUGGCAGUUUGCAGAUGUUUGAGCGGCCCCUCCCAGCUCAGUCAGCCCGUUUCCCAUCAAAACAAGCAGGGAGGGUUGAAGCUGCCCUCCUCCCUUGUCUCUCAUAACCACAGAUCCUACCUCACUUCAUCCAUUCUUCAGUGAUUCUCACUUUAUCUCCUGUGAAAGGUCAUUUCCAUUGCUUGCCCUGCGAGGAUGCCACUGAAAUGUGAACCGGGGGGGGGGGGUCUACGGUGGUAUGCGGAGGUUAGACUGAGAGGCCUUGUAGCCUGAGUAUUACUGAACUCAAGGGCACGUUAUAUUUGUACAUGUGAUAAAUUAACACAAUUACUUGCAACCUUGGUGUUAUUUUUCUGUAUUUAUCACGAGCAUGAACACUCCUGAAACUCCUUCCACCUGGACCUUUCUUUUAUUUUUAUUUUAUUUUUAAUCUCCCUGUUAAAAACUGUUUGGUUGCAUGUUUACAAAGUGGCCCCGUAACUUCUGAUCCUCUUUUUUUUUAUUUUUUUUUAAUUUGAUAUAUAUGAGAGAUUUAGUUUUUAUUCCAAAGAGGUUUGUGUAUGAUGCACAGAGCAAAUAAACACAAAUAAGGAAA